AUGAAUCCUCCAGCACUCCUCUCAGAAGCAUUCUCAUUGACUGAUCCCGUUACUUCGGAGGGAGAAUACAUAUCUCAUGUGACAGGGUUUGCAGACGAAGACGACAACAGCCAGCGAGUCGGAGGUCUCGCCUCCAUGCCUGACACCAACGGCGUGAGGUACCACGCACCGCAGCCUGUGAUGCAGGACUUACAUCAACCGCCAACUGGCAUGCCCAGCAACAUGCAAGGUUCAGCCCAUGCCUUGAACUCCAUUCCAGCACUCAUGGGCCGCAAUAAUGCAUAUGGUUCAUAUGCUUUACAACGCGGAUUGCCCAACAUGGGCCUGCCAUUGGGGAGCAUGAACGAUAUCUCCCGCAGCCAUGGGUAUUCGAGCACCCCUCGCGCUUUAGAUAGCGGGAUGGAUCGAUCCCAGAACAACAUGUAUCAGCAACCAAUAGCGGACUCCUCACAACGCUCACAGCCACCGGUAGAGGCUCCGCCUUUCGACGACACGACUGUUCUUCAAACGGUGGUUGCGGAGUUUGGUGGCCAGUAUCAGACGGUGAAACCCGAAAUCCAGGCAAAGAUGGGUCGAGGUCCUUUCCCAGCCGAAGGAAAAUGGACUUGCUAUCGACGAAAUUACUUCGCCGUGACCUGUGGAUUUAAUCUUCACCCUUGGCCACCCAGUGCUCCUCUAUACAUUCGUUACCCUGACCAAACCAUCGAGCCGAUCCGUGCAUUUUCAAUGGCGAUUUCAGCUAUUGUAAAUGGCCAGUACAACGAAACCCGGGAACUCGUUCAACACACCCCCAAGAGAGACAAACAGUCUGAACGCAAGCCCGGUCGUGUCAUUCUCCAGCCCUGCCCUCCACCUUCCUUCACAACCACCUCCACCGUCAACGGAAAUAUCUCCGGCUUCCCCCUCGGCUCCCAAUCUAUGGACUACAAUCCUUCUUUCGCAGGGACCCCUCAACCCUGCCAGCCCCCAACCUCACACGUCUUCGAGCGCAUCCAGUUCCAAAAAGCGACCGCCAACAACGGCAAGCGCCGCGCCCAACAACAAUAUUACAAUCUGGUCGUCGAGCUUCACGCUGAAAUCGCUAGCUCGGUUCCAGGUGAAACGCAGUGGGUCCAGAUCGCCCGUCGGCACUCUCACCCCUUAGUGGUCCGCGGUCGUUCACCCGGCCACUACAAGGACGGACGGCGCGGCAGCACAGGCAGCAUGGGCCCUGAUGGCGCCGGCGGCGACAGCAACUGCGGCGUUAUCCCCCACGGCCUCGGCCCAACCAGCCGUGAAAACAUGCUCAUGUACGAUGCGCCUCAUCGAAGCACUCUUUCCUACGGGCGAGUCGAUCACCGAAAAAUGACCGUGACGGACCAUUCGCCACUAAGCGAUAGUCCUCUCAUCUCCUCCUCAUCUUCAUCUGGAUUCGAGUACUCCAUGAUCGAUACCAUGGAUCCCAUGGAUACGAUCAAGAACGACACUUAUCUCAAAUCAGACCCUUAUCAAGAUACGAGCUACGCAGGGCUUCCCAGCCACCAACACCGGCAGGCUAGUAAUGGUGGAUAUGACCCCGUUUACUCGACGACCUAUAGCCGUUACGAUCCCAUCCAAAGUUCGCAUAGUCUAUGCACUUGA